UCUGAAAGCCUAGCAUUUCCCAUUUACUGUCAACAAGUGUGGAAAAGAGGAGGAGGAAGGGGCUGAGCUAGGCAGGCAGGAGGCAGCCCUCUCCAGCUCCAGCCCAGACUCUUAGUUUAACUGCUGACUGCCCUGGCUUCAUCCAUCUCCACUGCUGAGAGUAGACCAGCCGGGAAAUGGCAACUGAGGUAGAGUCUAGGCCAAGUGACAUCCUGGGCACCUUCGGAGCAGAAGCUGCAGCUGGGGAACACAUCCAGGCAGUCACACGAAACUACAUCACCCAUCCCCGAAUCACCUAUAGGACUGUGUGCAGUGUCAAUGGGCCUUUGGUUGUUCUGGAUAAUGUAAAGUUUGCCCAAUAUGCUGAGAUCGUCAACUUCACUCUCCCAAAUGGCACUCAGAGAAGCGGGCAGGUCCUGGAGGUGGCUGGGACCAAGGCCAUUGUUCAGGUAUUUGAAGGGACAUCAGGGAUUGAUGCCCAGAAGACAACCUGUGAGUUUACUGGUGACAUCCUCCGGACUCCUGUAUCAGAAGACAUGCUAGGUCGAGUUUUCAAUGGUUCUGGCAAACCCAUUGACCAAGGGCCAGAGGUUAUGGCUGAAGACUUUCUGGACAUCAAUGGUCAGCCAAUCAACCCCCAUAACCGAAUCUACCCUGAGGAGAUGAUCCAGACAGGCAUCUCACCCAUCGAUGUCAUGAACAGCAUUGCCCGGGGGCAGAAGAUCCCCAUCUUCUCUGCAGCAGGACUCCCUCACAAUGAGAUCGCUGCACAGAUUUGCCGACAGGCGGGGCUGGUGAAAAAGUCUAAGGAUGUCAUUGAUUAUCAUGAAGAUAACUUUGCCAUUGUGUUUGCAGCCAUGGGGGUAAACAUGGAGACGGCUCGAUUCUUCAAGUGUGACUUUGAGCAGAAUGGUACCAUGGGCAAUGUCUGCUUGUUCCUGAACCUGGCCAACGACCCCACGAUUGAAAGGAUCAUCACACCCCGCCUAGCCCUGACUACAGCUGAGUUCCUCGCCUAUCAGUGUGAGAAGCAUGUGUUAGUCAUACUAACAGACAUGAGCUCCUACGCAGAGGCCCUGAGAGAGGUCUCAGCUGCCAGGGAGGAGGUACCUGGCCGACGUGGUUUCCCUGGGUACAUGUACACGGAUCUGGCUACCAUCUAUGAGCGGGCAGGCCGAGUGGAAGGCCGGGGAGGUUCCAUCACACAGAUCCCCAUUCUCACGAUGCCCAAUGAUGAUAUCACCCACCCCAUCCCUGACCUGACUGGCUUCAUUACCGAGGGACAGAUUUAUGUGGACAGACAGCUGCACAACAGACAGAUCUACCCUCCCAUCAACGUGCUUCCCUCCCUCUCCCGUCUGAUGAAGUCAGCCAUCGGCGAGGGCAUGACAAGGAAGGACCACGGUGACGUCUCGAACCAGCUGUAUGCUUGCUACGCCAUUGGGAAGGACGUCCAGGCCAUGAAGGCUGUGGUGGGGGAGGAGGCCUUGACCUCAGAUGACCUGCUGUACCUUGAGUUUCUGCAGAAGUUUGAGAGGAAUUUCAUCAACCAGGGCCCCUAUGAAAACCGCAGUGUGUUCGAGUCCCUGGACCUUGGCUGGCAGCUGCUACGCAUCUUCCCCAAAGAGAUGCUCAAACGGAUCCCCCAGAGCGUCGUAGAAGAGUUCUACCCUCGAGAGACCUUGCACCAGGCCCUGCCUCCGAGCCCAGGCCUCACUGACGCCUCUGACACCUCUCUGCUAUAG